GUGGUCAGCAGGAAAGUAAAAUCGUCACUCAUUUCAAUGUGUGUUUCGCUCGUUGUUGGGUUGUUCGUCUUAUGGAUUGAUAAAAUCUCCCCCUGCGAUGCACUCAGAUUAUUCUCGUCACUUCUUGUCGUCACGAUUUCAAUUGCAAUUGGUAAUGGGAAGAUUCAAGUGCGAUCAAACGUGAGAUAGGUUUCGAGUUCUCGAGUAAAGGCAUUUUGUGACUGAAUUCUUGCCUUUUUGCUGAAGGGGAUGUACAUUAAAAUUACCGCAUUUCAUUUUAUCGCUUGCUUGCUGAGUGUUAUUGGACCGGGUGACUUUAAAAACGGUUGACAAAACAUUGUUCAUUGUUUUACCAUAGAGCAAGGUUUUACAAACACGCAGUAUGGCGUUUCGUCACAGCAUUGCCAUGUUUCUCAUCGUUUACAUCGUCAAUGCGGCCCGUAUUCCAAAAGAACUCUGUACCGUUUAUAACAGCACGGGCGACGUGUACAUUGGUGGGAUCUUUUCCCUUCACGGCGGUCAAGAUGAGCAGGAAUGCGGCCUGCGUCUACCUGUCUUCGCCCUCCAGUUGACCGAAGCCAUGGCGUUCGCCGUAAACAUGGUCAACCGAGAUGACACCAUGUUAUCUAAUAUAACCCUGGGCUUCAUGAUUCACGACGACUGCUCUAGAUCGGAGUAUGCCAUGUGGGGUUCACUGUCUCUUGUCAUGGGUGCAAAUCCGGUGCUGGAGGGUACCCAGUGUGUGAUCCCAGGAAGGAAGCUCCGUGAAAUCCACGAGAUGGCCAUGGGAGUUGUUGGUACGGAAACAACAUCCAGUAGCGAAGUUGUGAUCAGCACGGCUGGGCUCUUCAAAACGCCCCACGUCACAUACGGUGCCACGGGGCAAGAGCUGUACGAAGAACACUACAACCCGUACUUCUUCGGUACUAUCUCACCUGAUGUUUAUACUGCGAAAGCCAUUAUGGAUUUGUUGGUCCAUUUCGACUGGUAUUACGUCGCCUUGGUUUACUCAACUGAGCAGAGCGUCUUAGACCUUGAACAUGAGGUUGGCAUCGAAGCCGCUAAACACAACAUUUGUAUGAUCAUCAGAGCGAAGGUUAGUGAGCAUCCUGAGGAAGCUGAAUUGAAAAAUAUGGUUUCAAUCCUGAGACUAAAUCCAAGUGCGAGUGUAGUUAUCUUAUUGACCAACUCAGCUGCAACCACUAUCGCCGUGAUGGCGGCCGCAAAGACGGCCCAACUAACACACGGUCUGACAUGGGUUACGGGAGACACAUUCAGUAACCGAGACCUUCAUGAUGUUGCAUUGGAAGGGGUGCUUCUAGUCGAAUACCUCAAACCCAAACUGGACGACUUUGAGACUUAUAUUCGGUCUUUAAACUACUCUAAAACCAACCCUUGGUACGAUGAGUUUUGUGGAGGUGGUGGUUCAGACUGUCACGACGCAAGCGAGGAUGGAUUCAGCAUGUAUAACAAAAUGCUUGCCCCGACCAUGGACGCGGUUUUCUCCCUGGCUCGAGCUCUCGACAGAACCUUUGAUGAUUACUGUAACGGCUCCCUCACAGAUUGCUUGUAUCAAACCAGUAUCAAGGAUGCAGUUUUGGAAAACUUGGGAAAAACUUCUUUUUACGGGACGAGAGGACACUUCAAAUACAAGGACAACUCGGUCGCUGGUCAGUUUACCAUAAGAAGUGUCCACAACACGGACGGAAUGCUGAGUGUGGUCGAAGUCGGCACUUGGAACUCGUCCUUUGACGAGGCAGGACGUCUGCAGGUAAAUGAAAACUUGAUUCAAUGGAAAACUGGCAGCGGUGGGAUUCCAAAGUCUGUUUGCCGUGAGGAGUGCCAGGCCGGGUAUGUCGUCGAGAAAGACCCAGUAAGGCAGUGCUGUUGGGGGUGCCGAGCUUGUCGUGAAGGUGACAUCGUCAAAGGCACUAAAUGCAUCCAGUGUGAGCAGAAGGAAUGGCCAAACGCUGACUUCACCGCGUGUGAUAAAUUAAUCGCCAAGACUGUAACAUUCAACCAGCCUCUGAUUGUAGCCAUCGUCUCUCUAACCGCUAUUGCGCUGCUCUUAUGUGGGCUCACAACGUGUGGUAUGAUCAAACACCGACGCCAUGCUUUGAUUAAGGCGAGUAGUCGAGAAUUAAGCGCCGUCAAUAUCGUCGGGGUCACACUGUCUCUAAUAGCCGUGUUUCCGUUCCUCAGCGAGCCGAGUGCCGGUAUCUGUGGGGUCGCUCAGAGCCUGUACGCCCUCUCAUUCACCCUCAUGUACGCCCCUCUACUCCUUAAAGUCAAUCGCAUCUACAGGAUCUUUGAGAGUAGCAGAAAGACCGUCAAACGACCACAGUUCACGGGAUCAACUGCCCAGUUGGUCAUCGUAGCCUUGUUUGUCAUUACACAGCCAAUCGUGAUCUUAACCACUGCCUUGGCUGUACCAAACACCUGGAUAUCUACCGUAGACCUGUUCCCUAAGCCACUCACAAACCAACCCCGGACCCUGGAGGUCUUCUGCGAUGUGGGCGUCGGGUUCCUCACCUCGAUGUGCUACAACUUCUUACUACUCUUGGCGUGUUGCUUCUACGCUUACAAAGCCCGGAGCGUCCCUGGUAACUUCAACGAGGCUCGGUUCUACGUGGCUAGCGUCUAUACCACUCUGGUCCCGAUCGUGGCGGCGUUACCGCUCUACCUAACGGCAGAUAAAGCCGACGUGUUAGCGUUUUCAAUCAGUCUGGUCCCGGUGAUUAACAGCUACGUUACUCUAGCGUGUGUGUAUCUCUCUAAGCUUUACGCUGUGACCGUUGGGUACCAACAACCAGCUACCGAAGACCAACAUCGUACGGGAACAUUCCAGACUCGAUUUCUUAAAGUUGGGUCCGGUAAUACUGCCAAGGUUCACCCAUCUACAUCAGGGAUGAAUGAAGGGGCAAGCUCCGCCCAAAUGGCAGUUGUAAAGUCGGACUAACGAAAACCUCAAAAGUGUAUUAUUUUACACCCAAGUACAUCGUUGUCUUUUGAUUGGAGAAAAGUUUGUCACGUGGUUUUGGCCUACGUAAUAAGCCGUUUGGUAAUCUCCACCAUGCACGACCCACUUGACUUGUUCACAUCGCACGCUAUAAAGUGCCCUCGUAAUAAACACUUGAAAUGUAGAUGGUGUUUUUCGUCACUCCCUGCAAAGAUCUACUUGGAUGUUUUGUAAAACAUAGUGAGUGAUGACAACAGAUUUUUCCAUGCAACUUGGUUUCGCCUCGUUGAAUGGAACAUUCAUCUUUUAAAUAUAAAUUGUUCACGUUAAAAAAAAAAAAGUUUCUAAGUGUGUUUAUUACCUUUCGGUUUUGGGGGCUUUGAGGCUUGUAUAAAGUGAUCUAAAUCCAUUAUUAGCAGUUUAUUAUUAUUAUUAUUUCAACUCAUGGAAAUGGUUUCACCAUUCCACUUAUUACUCUUCAUUGAUUGUUUGUUUGAAUGAUACACGGCAAGAUCUUUGUCAAUUUGCGGGCACUUUGUUUGAUUCCAUUCACUUUAAUGUAAAAGCAAGACUAAAGGGCAGAGUAGUCUGAUUCCCUUUUUGUUAAGACGAUCAGUAUUCAUUAUUACUGAGGACUACAGGGGACAAAACAGAGUCGGUUAUAAGAAAGAUCUGUUUCCUGUAGUUAUUAGUAAGUAUUUAUUAUUGUAUCUGAAUCUAAAAAUUGCCAAUUUGGUGGAAAGGGCGAACGUGAUUAAGAUCUAAAUUUUUGUCAUCUCUGUUUGUUUGUGUGUGUGAGGUUUUUUUGAUUAUCAAGUAAUAAACCACAAAUUGACUGGGUAAAUCUCAAAUAAUGAAAUGUUUUUAAGAUCCUCACCAUUGUGUUAAAAUGUAUCCACACUGUCUUCAGACAGUCCUUGUAGAUGCAGGGGUGUAUUUUAAAGAUGUUGUGGUUCGUGCAUUUUACACAUGCCCAGCACUCCUCAGCAAAUUCGUUGCAAUAAAAACGUUCUGCCCAAUCGUUAAUUGCUGGACCAAUCGUCUUUCCCAUUAAAUGCGGCUUCGCUUUUUAUUCGCGUAACAUGUUUUAAAAUGUAAAGCGCCGUUCUAUAUAGUAUGUAAUUAGAGCGCGCUAUAAAAUGCCCGUUUUGUGGUAUGGUUUGAAACUGUAUUCCGUAUUUCUAGUUAACAUAAAUGUGUUGUGCUUGGCUACUUGAUGUGCUACCGAGCUCUAUGACAUUUGGCUAAAAGCUUUAUUCUGAAUGUUUUCUUUUACGAUUUUGUUUUGUUUAGCUCUAGAUAGUUAUUUUACCUAAAGAUUGAUGUAAAUAUCGGGGCUGUAUAGAAACCGGACAAUACUAACAUAUUAUAUUGCGGCUGUAAAAAGGAAAUCGAACAUUAUGAAUAUAAUUAUAAUUCACGGCUUGUCCCCAAAUCGCAAAAAAUUAUCAAUGUUUACGUGAUUAUUUGUGAUUUGAAAAAUGUGUACAAGAUUGUAUUAUACCUAUAUAGUGUAAAAAACAUAAAAUGUUUAAAGAGCACAAAAUUCACUUAACAAAAUUGAAAAUCUAUUUUUUUUAUAUGUAACAACCGUGAGUUACUGUUUAUGUUAUUAAACAAAACAAUCUUUAAACCCUACGGAAUAUGGAUAUGUCAAAACUUAUCUUUAUUAUCAUAUGUUAUUAAAGA